AUGCCAAGGGAGAGUCUCAAAAAACUGCCAAAGAAGAACCCAAAUAAAACCACGUCAGGGCAGUUCACAGAAGAUAUGAUUCCUACAGUAGGCUUCAAUAUGAGAAAAAUAACAAAAGGAAAUGUUACCAUAAAGGUAUGGGACAUUGGAGGGCAGCCAAGGUUUCGAAGCAUGUGGGAGCGUUAUUGCAGAGGAGUCAAUGCAGUUGUUUACAUGGUGGAUGCAGCAGACUUAGAGAAAGUUGAAGCUUCAAAGAAUGAGCUACACAGUUUGAUAGAUAAGCCACAAUUGCAUGGAAUUCCAGUGUUAGUCCUUGGAAAUAAAAGAGACCUCCCAGGUGCACUGGAUGAAAAGCAGUUAAUUGAGAAAUUAAACCUUGCGGCUAUUCAAGACAGAGAAAUAUGUUGCUAUUCUAUUUCUUGUAAAGAGAAGGAUAACAUCGACAUAACAUUACAAUGGCUUAUUCAGCACUCCAAAUCAAGACACUGUUGAAGAAAACUUUUUCUGAAGAUAACUCUUUCCCAAUCACUUUGACUCCUAUCAGCUAUACACAAGUGAAAAGAUAAAGAAUGCAGCAGCAUACUACCAGGACUCACUUUGAUUGAUUUGUUAACAGAAGUAAAACUAAGUUAUAGCUUGUCCCUCAAUCUUGGUUCUUUUUUUAAAAAUCUAGAUACUUGUCUGCCUAGGUGAAACUCCUGAACGCCUUACUACAAGACUGAAAGAAAUCAGUACUUUUUUGGGCUGAAAUGUUUGAGUUUAUGCAUGUGAAUUGUCAAAUACUUAGUAGGUUUUUUUUCUAAUUUGAAACUGAAUAAACUGCACAGUGGAAACA